AUGUUGCGUCCCAAAGCUUUAACUCAAGUUCUGAGCCAGGCCAACACCAACGGCGUCCAGAGCACACUUCUGUUGAACGGUGAGGGUUCGCUGCUGGCCUACUCUGGGUACGGAGACACAGACGCCCGGGUCACCGCCGCCAUCGCCAGCAACAUCUGGUCCGCGUACGACCGGAACGGGCACCAGGCCUUCAACGAGGACAAGCUGCAGUUCAUCCUCAUGGACUGUAUGGAGGGCAGAGUGGCCAUCACACAGGUGGCCAAUCUGCUGCUGUGUAUGUAUGCCAAAGAGACGGUGGGCUUUGGCAUGCUCAAGGCAAAGGCGGAGGCGCUGGUGCAGUACCUGGAGGAGCCGCUGACGCAGGUGGCGGCGUCGUGA